CAUUUUCAUAAUUACUGAUUUCUGUGGAGCUUCAUUUAGCUCCUCCCGGGGAUCCGAUGCUAACGGGGCAGCUGAGCAAGCCGCUGCUCUCCUUCAUGCGCGGCGACAUGAGCGCGGUGGAACUCGGCGGCCGGGCCGACGACAGGGCGGCCGGCAGCCCCGACGGCGAGCUGGACGACGAGACGCCGAUCCUGCCGGCCGAGGGCCCCGACCGAGGGGGCACCCCCGGCAAGUUGUACGGGGCCCGCGACAGUUCAGUCCAGUCUGACCUCAGCAGCAGUCCCUCCGAGCAGAGUCAAGUGGGCCAGUCUCACCCGGGGUACCCCGCCAUGGGACCACAGUCCCUGCUGGUGGCCCAGCAGCUGGCCAACGCGGUGGGCGGCGUGAUGUCCGGGGCCGGGGCGGGCGUGAACCAGCCCAUCCUCAUCCCCUUCAACGCCGGCGGGCACCUGGGCGGGCAGCAGGGCCUGGUCCUCUCACUGCCCGCCACCAACCUCCAGAGCCUGGUGGCCGCGGCAGCUGCCGGGGGCAUCAUGACGCUGCCCCUCCAGAACCUGCAAGCUACCUCAACCCUCAACUCCCAACUCCAACACCUGCAGCAGCUCCAACAGAUGCACCACCACCACCAGCAGCAGCAGCAGCAGCAACAGCAGCAGCAACAACACCAACAACACCAUCACCACCAACACGCGCACAACCAAGUGUCGUCCCACCAUCAUCACAUGACCCCGCCCGGUCAGCAGCAGUCCUCUGUGCCGUCGCCGGGUUCCGCCUGCUCCUCGGCGCCGCCGCAAUCGCCGCCGUCGCACCGGCCGAACCAGUCGCCCGCCCGGAGCCUACCCUCGCCCGCCACCCCGCCGAUGCCUGUUCCGUUGAAUCCUCUGGCCAGCCAGGCGGCGGUGGCAGCGGCGACCGCCUGGGGCUCCCUGGCCGCCGGCUCGCAGGUCUUCGGUAACGCCCUGUCCAACCUGCAGGCAGGCGGCGGGCAGCUGGUGACCAACGCGCAAGGGCAGAUAAUCGGAACGAUCCCGCUGAUGCCAAACUCAGCAGGGCCCUCCGGCCAAUCGGGGGCCGGCAACCCGGCGCUGCAGGUGCCGCCGAUUACGCCGCAGCUCCUGACCAACGCUCAAGGCCAGAUCAUCGCCACGGUGAUCGGCAAUCAGAUCCUGCCCGUCAUCAACACCCAGGGAAUCACGCUGUCGCCAAUCAAGCCCGGACAGCAGGCCCAGCAGGGUGCGAACGGGCCGGCCUCCUCCUCGUCCGCCCAGCCCGGCCUGCUCCACCUGGCCCACCGACAGAGCCCCCUGCACCAGCCCUCCUCCUCCUCGUCCACCUCCUCCUCUUCCUCGGCGCUCAGCGUGGGCCAGCUGGUCAGCAACCCUCAGACGGCCCCCAGCGAGGUGGACGGCGUCAACCUGGAGGAGAUCCGCGAGUUCGCCAAAGCCUUCAAGAUCCGCCGCCUGUCCCUGGGCCUGACGCAGACCCAGGUGGGCCAGGCCCUCAGCGCCGCCGAGGGCCCCGCGUACAGCCAAUCCGCCAUCUGCAGACACACCAUCCUGAGAAGCCACUUUUUCCUACCGCAGGAAGCCCAAGAGAACACGAUAGCUAGCAGUCUGACAGGCAAACUGAACCCUGGCCUUUUAUAUCCUGCCAGGUUUGAGAAGUUGGACAUCACCCCUAAAAGCGCCCAGAAGAUUAAGCCGGUUCUGGAGCGCUGGAUGGCGGAGGCUGAGGCCCGCCACCGGUCCGGCAUGCAGAACCUGACCGAGUUUAUCGGCAGCGAGCCCUCCAAAAAGCGCAAGCGGCGCACCUCGUUCACGCCGCAGGCCCUGGAGAUCCUCAACGGGCACUUUGAGAAGAACACGCACCCGUCGGGACAGGAAAUGACCGAGAUCGCCGAGAAGCUCAACUACGACCGCGAGGUGGUGCGCGUUUGGUUCUGCAACAAGCGGCAGGCGCUCAAGAACACCAUCAAACGCCUCAAGCAGCCCGACGUGGUGGGCGGAGGCGGAGGGGCCGUGCUGCCGCCGGCCUCCAUGGACCUCGGGGACCCGCUCCACGACGUCCCCGAAUGAACCUUUCCCCCCCCGAAAAUCCCGACUCCUGGACUCUUGAAAAAACUUUGUGUUGUCGUUGUGAUUUUCACUUAACCAAAAAAAAAAAAAACAAAAAAAAAAAAAAAAAGAGAGAGAUUAAAAUGUGAGGAAGAUGUAUGUAUAGUGGUGCCGUGGCUUACAAGGUACAAGUCGUGACUUGCUCCCUUUUUUUGCUUUGUGUCACGAGUAAAACAAACCAAUUAGCAAUUUAUGUACAGUGUUCCGCCGGACAUUUGUGAUUGGCUACUCACGGUUUUACCAGUUCGCAGAUUGUUUUGGGAACCUGUCGUCCAUUAUUCGCUGAAAAUCUGUCACUAGCCCCCUCUGAUAUAAAAGUAUUACUUUCGUGCCAUCAUGUGGCAUCUUGGUGCCAAGGAACUAUGUUGAAGUGAGGGGAAUAGCUUCAUUUGGACAGGCCAGAACCCUGUCUAAUGGAAAAGAAGUGCAUUGGCACCAUCUUGUGCCAUCUAUAGGCAAUGACAAACCUUUUAAGGGAGGGCAUCAAUAAGACUGCGGCAAAUGAUUACGUUUGUCGAAAUGAAGCUCCUCAACUCACUUCAAAUUGUUUUUCUUGGCACCAAUGGUACCGCAUAAAAACAGCAAAUCACGGAGGAUAGGUUCUAAAACAAUGCUGACCCGCGGUGAUGCGGGGGUCCACUGGAUCCAGUGAUGCCCUCGCAAGUGGGCAAGGAGAGCCACAGUCGCCCACGCCCUUUCAGCCGUUUGUUGAACACAGUCAGACAAGCAGACGCAAAACGAGAACACUCUCAAGGAGCUGCUGUAGGCCCCCGCUCACGCCCUGUCGCUCACACGCAGACUAACCGAACAAUCCUGAUGUCACUCACUAGGCCACGCCCCUUAAAGGGACACAUCCUACACAGGGAUACUACAGUAUGAACAGUAACUACACCUUGUGAAACUUAUUUUUUUUCUUUGCAUUCUCUUUUAUGUGUUAUAUUUUUAUACAAUAUAGUGCGAUUUUUCUUUGUUUUGGGGGGCUGAAACUGAUUAGUGGCAUUAUAAUGCAUUUCAAUGCACAGAAUUGAUUUGAUAUACAAAUAGAGUUACGGAACGAAUUAAACCUGUAAGUCAAGGUACCACUGUACAAAA